ACAGCAGAUACUUUUCAUUACAUUGGACCAGUCAACACAGAGGUGUCAACAUGUCGAAAUCAAUGGUAGUCACGCAGCCACAGCCUGUUAUGGUCUCCAGAGAUUCUGAUCAGUGGGGGUCAGGUAUCUGUGACUGUUGCGAUGACGUUCCUGAAUGCUGCUUUGCUUACUGGUGUUUCUGGUGUUUCACGUGCGUAAAAGCAAAGACAUAUGGUGAGUGUUUAUGUCUCCCCCUGCUGGAUUUAUGUGGUAUCGUCCCACCAAUAACCAUGUCCAUAAGGGUCUCGAUGCGUCAGCGUUAUGGCAUUAAGGGUGACAUGUGUAAUGACUGCUUGGUGGCCACAUUCUGCAGAGCUUGUGUUUGGUGUCAGAUGUCACGGGAAAUGAGAGCACGAGAUCUACAAAUCACUCUUGUUGGUGCCAGGAAUUUGUAAAGUGUUUUGAAGCAGCUACGGUGGUGUGUAAAUGAGAAGGAAAAUCCUAACACGCUGAAAGGCAGAUACAUAUUUAUUAUCUCAUUAACUGAAUAUAUCUCAUUGAACUGAAUCCUUUUUAUAUUAGAUGCUUAUGAUUUUCUGUAAAUCCAUGGUGUAAUUUGUGAUGAAACGCAAAGACAUUUAAGUUCUUUUUCUAUAACGUCUGUAUUGUGUAUCUUUUAAUGUCAUAUUGAUGCCGAUUAGAGACAAGUGAUCAGUGAAAUUAGUGUUUGACAUGCAGUAUCUAGAUGUUAGUAGUUGUUGUUUUGUUUUUUUUUUUUGUGAAUGUAUUCAACAUAAAUGGUAAAAACAUACCACUUUCUGUUUUUGUCCUAUGACGCUUAAAACAACACUGAAAUGAGUACUCUUACAAAACAGAAAACUUUUUUUUUUUCUACUUUAAGAAGCAAGAAAUGUCUAUUGCUUACCAGCAUGUUUGCUUUUUCAUGAUUGCCUCUAUUUUAAGACUGAAAAUCGUUCAUAUAUUUUACUUGUGCUGCGUAAUAAAUUAUUGAUCAUUUCCUUUGA